CAUUUCAAUGUUUACAUUUUUUACCUGGUGGCGUCAUUUAAAUGUUAUUUGAUUAUCUUGUUUAGGUAUAAACAUGUCCUCAUGCUCAACUCCCUGGUAGAUCAUCAGUUUUGAAAAAGUGAGGCAAACAUACACAGAUGAAGUAACUUUUAGGUCAUGGCAUCCAGUAAACCUAUACCAUGUGGACCUUGUCAAGAAGGAAAAGUAAAUACUAAAGAAGACAACUGUGAAGAAGGAUUAUGUUCCAGUCAUCACAAAAGAUCCACAGAAACAUUCAAUCAUAAGACCAUUGAUGUUAAAAGUUAUAAACCAUCAACCCAAGCUAUCAAAACAGAAUGUGACAAUCAUGGUCAACAGCUCAACUUGUACUGCCCCAGUCAUCUUAUGCCUUGCUGUGAUGAAUGUAUUUCCACGAGUCAUUCAAAAUGUACUGGAAUAAAAAAUUUAGCAGGUGUAGUGGAGAGAACAGUGAUUGAAAAAUCCAAAGAAUCUGUAGAUAAAGAUAUAAACUCUAACUUACAUCUCUUGGAUAAAAUGGUAAAUAAUAAAUCAACAAACAUCAAAACUGGAGAACAACAAAGUGAAGGCAUAAAGGAAUCAAUUGUUAAAAUACGGAAUGAAAUAAAUAAAUAUCUUGACUGCCUGGAGGAGAAAUUUAGCAAAGAAACAGACAACCUCAGGGAUCAGGAAAAAUCAACAGCUAUAGAUUUCAUUUCUGAAGUUGAAGGGAAGAAGAAAAAACUGAAGGAAAUGAAAGAACAUUUGCAUACAGUUACAACAAAUAGUUCAAAACUUCAUUGUUUUCUAGGCGUAUAUCAGAUUGAACAACAAGUACAUCAAUGUCAACAAUAUGCUGAUGAUCUGAAAAAAGAUGACAGGGCUAAAAAGUUUGACAUCAAAAUGAAGCAAAAUGAUGAAAUAGAAAACAUAUUAAUUAAGUUAGGAUCAUUAGAAUCUCUGGGAGAAGUAAUGGUUGUUAAAACAGAAAUAGACUUGAACAGAGAAACAAGUGUGAGGACGGAAGCACAAGUGCAAACACGAGGACAAUCAAACAUAAACAACAUGACCAUGAAUAUUGAAACAAAGAUAGAGAUCAACAUGGAGAAGGUGAUUACUGACAUGAUUUGUUUGAUGGAUGGAAGAGUUAUAGUAGUAGAACAGUUUGGCAAAGUUUACCUACUUUCUUCCGAUGGCAAACUACAGAAAGAAUUACCUAUAUCUGGUGACGCAUACUGUGUAACACAGAUCAAUCAGACAACUAUUGCUAUAACUUAUCCUAGAGAGGCAGCCAUUAAAGUCUUCAAUAUGGAGAAUGAAACAGUUACAAAAGUUAUCAAAUUCGACAAGAAUUGCUGGGGAUUAUCAUUCUCCAAUAAUUCUCUGGCUGUUGGUAUGGGUAAUGAUGAAAUCCGUAUUAUAGACUUAGAAGGAAAUACACUGAAGUCAAUCAAAGAUCAGAUCAGAAAACAAUUGUUAAAUAUUGUUUACUGCAAUGACAGAGUAGCCUAUAUGGACUAUAGAGGUGAAGCAAUAUACUGUGUUGAUGUAUCAGGUAAACAGAUCUGGCAAUGUAAACAGGAUUUAUCAGGAAGAUGGGACCUUCGUACAGAAAUUAAUGGUAACAUUAUUUUGGCAGACUGUUUCUCAAGUAGUAUAACAGUAAUAUCAAAAGAUGGACAGAAUAGUAAAGAACUGAUUAGUAAAGAGGAUGGACUGGUGAACCUUACAUUUAUUUGUUUUAAACCUAAUGAGUCUUCAGGUUUAAUUUGUGAUUACAAUGGCACUUACUUGGCCAAAUUUAAUUUAUCUUCUGGAUAAAAUAUACACUGAGGAAUCUAUUAUUAUUACUCGGUUACGAAACUGUAGAAGUAUAAUAUCAAAAAUGUUGAUGUUUUUUAUACGUGAACUUUAAUAUAUUGUGAGUGGAAAUGAAGACAAUUUUCUAGAUUUC